AUGACGAGAACAACCAUCGAUUCAGAUCACGUCCGCGAUUCGCCGGCAGCUCUAUCGGAGGUGGUACUACAUUCCGCUGCUCCUGACAGAAAUCGUCUUCGUGCUGUUCCAGCUCCAGCAUUGCAGAACAAGAAAUAUAUCAAAUGGGAAACUAUACUUCUUGCGUACAAGACAAUAGGAGUAGUGAUGGGGUCACUUGUGACAUCUCCAUUAUAUGUGUAUCCAUCAAUGCCAUUGAGUUCUCCAACAGAAGCAGAUUUCUUAGGAACUUACAGCAUUAUCUUUUGGACUCUCACACUCAUUGGUGUUGUCAAAUAUGUUUCCAUUACUCUUAAUGCUCACGAUCAGGGUGAAGGUGGAACGUUUGCCUUGUAUUCUUUGCUUUGUAGACAUAUGGACAUUGGAAUUCUUUCUCCCAAACGGGGUAUUUCAAAUAAUUCCUCAAGUCCUGACUCACUUUGCACCACUCAGAACAAAAGCAAACUUGUCAAAUUUCUGGAAGGGAGCCUUCUUGCCAGACGAGUCUUACUUUUUGCUGCUAUAUUGGGCAUGUGUAUGCUAGUUGGUGACAGUAUACUCACGCCUGCAAUGUCAGUUUUGUCCGCAAUUGAGGGAUUGAGAGCACCUUUCCCCCAAGUUACUGGUGAUGCUGUGAAAGGUAUUUCUGCAGCAGUUCUAGCUGCUUUGUUCUUGUUGCAAAGAUUUGGAACCUCUCGAGUGAGCUUCUUGUUUUCUCCUAUAAUGGUUCUAUGGACUUUGUGUAUCCCGCUUAUUGGAAUAUACAGAAUUAUACAUCACUACCCAUCUAUCUUCAAAGCUAUGUCACCACACUAUGCCUUCCUUUUAUUUGCAAGAAGAAAAAAGCAAGGCUGGUUGUUGCUUGGCGGCACAAUCCUCUGCAUAACUGGCUCAGAAGCAAUGUUUGCGGAUCUUGGCCAUUUCGAUAAAGCUUCUAUUCAACUAGCUUUUUUGUGUACCCAGUAUCCAUCACUUAUUCUAACAUAUGCCGGACAAACGGCUUAUUUGAUCAAGAAUCCAAAUGAUCUUGGUGAUGCUUUCUACAAGUUUGUACCAAAACCAGUUUACUGGCCAAUGUUUGCUGUAGCCACAUUAGCUGCCAUUGUUGCUAGUCAGUCACUGAUAUCAGCCACAUUUUCUGUGAUUAAGCAAUCAGUUGUGCUUGACUAUUUCCCUCGUGUCAAGGUGGUGCACACCUCUGAUAGGAAGGAGGGCGAAGUUUACUCGCCAGAAGUCAAUUACAUUCUCAUGAUUCUCUGUGUAUUUGUCGUGGUUGCUUUUGGAGAUGGCAAAGCUAUUGGAAAUGCUUAUGGUGUUGUUGUCUCUAUGGUUAUGCUCAUAACCACUGUAUUGUUGACUCUAGUCAUGAUCACAGUAUGGAAAACUCACCAUGUGCUGAUCGUGCUAUACUUCUGUGUGUUUUUUACCUUGGAAAGUUGUUACGUGAGUGCAAUUCUCUCUAAACUCUUAAAAGGAGGAUGGAUACCUUUUGUGGUAUCUUUAGUUCUUGCGUUCAUCAUGUUUGGUUGGUUUUAUGGAAGGCAAAGAAAAAUGGACUAUGAGUUAACUCACAACAUAGAUUUGGGAAGACUAGAAAUGUUCUUGUCGGAUCCAAGCGUCCAUAGAGUUCCUGGAGUGUGCUUCUUUUACACAAGCAUUCAAGACGGGUUCACGCCUGUACUCGCACAUUAUGUCAGAAACAUGAAGUCUUUACACAAAAUCACGAUUUUUACUACAUUUAGAUACUUGCUAGUCCCGAAGGUUCCAAGGCAUGAGAGGAUUAUUGUCAAGAAGCUGGCACUCAAAGGACUCUACAGGUGUAUAAUUCAGUAUGGAUACGCAGACUCAUUAAAUCUCGAAGAAUAUGAUUUAGUGAGUCAAGUGAUUGAUAGUAUGAAACUACACCUAGAGAGUUUGUUCUCCAAUUAUCCAUUAGAGAUUCAAGAGGAUUUUUCGGAUUUGGAAGAAUCAAAACUUUCCGAUAUAGUGCACGUUCGGGGGAAGACAAGGUUCUAUGUGGGAAAGAAAGGUAGCUGGUUUGAUAGAAUCGUUCUAGCUUUCUAUGAAGCCUUGCACAACAACUGUAGAUCAGCAUUGCCUGCGUUGAAUACACCGCAGCAAAUUGAGAUCGGCAUGGUUUAUGAGGUCUGAAUAUGACGGAAAUAAGAUUUUGUCAGUUGAAUUGAAGUCUUGGAUGAAUUUCUUUUUAGCUUGUUGUAUCUUCUUGUUCAAGAAGUAUGUUACUUCUGAA